AUGAUAUGGCAUAGGCGGAACGCGUUGAGAACCAUCAGCAAAUCAUUCCCGAUCCAGCAAGUGCUCCCUGAGGUGCGGGCUAUCCGAGCUGCCUUCAUCCGCUCUAUUCCGCCAAAACCUCCUCAUCCACCCUCUAGAGCACCAGAACGGAUCAUCUGGAAACCUCCACCAUGGCCGAGACACAAAGUAAACUUCGACGGAGCUGUGUUUAGGGAGGAAGAUUCUGCAGGUGUUGGUGCUGUAAUCCGGGAUGAGAAGGGGUUCAUGGUGGCUGCAAUGGCGGAAAAAAUCCCACUCCCCUAUUCGAUCACUGCACUUGAGGCUCUUGCAGCAAUAAGGGCUCUGAGAUUGGCAGGGGACAUUGGUCUUGAGUCUUUCAUCCUAGAGGGGGAUUCCAAGAUCACUAUUGAUGCUUUGGCAGGAAAUAUAGUGGAGCAUGCUGAGUUUGGAAACCUGUUUGAGGAAGCUAAGGAGUUGGCAAGUCAGUUUGGGGACGUGAGUUUUAACCACGUAAGGAGGCAGGGCAAUGGUGCCGCGCAUAACUGUGCUAGACAUGCAAGACAUGUUAGCGAGUAUACGGUGUGGAUGGAGGGUGUUCCUCCACAUCUUUCUACUGUAAUUCAAGCCGAAUUGGCAUCUUUUGAAUAA